UGCGCACUCUAAUUCCCAAUCUUGAUCCUGUGCGAACCGACAGCCGAUGCAUGGUGGAUUGAGUCUUGGCAUCUGCCGUUUCGCUUCCAUCACAGCUCAUCUGCCGAUUAUUUUUACUCUAAUGCGGCGCACAAGACGAUGAUGGAGCUUGUCGCUCGAACACUGGCAAGAAGUCCGGCAUCUCCCAUCCGAUUGAAUGACCUGUGAAACCAACAGUAUCCGUUCCCGCGUCAAGCGUUGACAAUGUCACUCGCUAUCUUCGUUCCAUGUCUGCAAAUGGACAACACAACAGCACCCAACAUCCCUCACAUCGGCUGGUCACGCAACACCGUAGGCAAGCCAGAGUCUCGGUACCAGGAGGAGUUGUCGUCUCAGCCAUGGCGGAAACUCAUGUCAGGGGGGGCUCAAACUAUCUGCGGGACACGCUCUCUCUGGACUUUCCGCGACAGCUCGCUCAGUGGUGGGCGGCGGGUUCUGCAUCCGUCAUCUUCAUUUCCUCUAAGACAGACAUUGUCCUGGUGGCCGAGGCUGCCUGCGGAACAUGGGCAUUAGAGUUUCCGCAACGACUCACCUCGCUUGAGAUGGACAAGACAUUUUCCAACGUCAUUAUUUUCCUAUUCCGACUAAACAGGUGCUUCCUGCCUGCUGGCGAAUUAGCAAGCCGAAGCGAAAGUCGUCGCGGGCAGAAGAUCAGCCUUCAAACAUCGGGGAAAGUGGCGAAGUUUUCGUCAUGUUUGUGGACAUUAGCGAUGGCCACCAAUCUUCAUCUCGGCAUGCACAACUCUUAUGUCAUUAGAGACUUCUGGCACCCUCCCAGGUUUGCUGGUUGUCCUCCAGCAGGCCAUGAAGACGACGGGUAUAGUGGCACAUUGGGCAGCACUGUCUCCUGCAAACUGCUAGCAUUGUCUUGCUGGGACGAUGGCAAGUCUUGAUGAUCCUUGAUGGGAUAAUGAGAGGUGAGAGGUCAAAGACAGGAGUCGAGAGGAACAUGCCAAUGCACCUUAAUAUCCAAAUAGGCCCGUCCAGC